UUUAAUCUGAUUUGAUCUGUUCAAAGUAUUCCUUGGUCAGGGUACAUAUGGUUGAAUUCAUGGGCAGUCUCUGAAUUAAGGAUUGGUACUUUGAAAAGCUCAGCCUUGACAUACGUUCAUCAUCCUCAGAAACCUUAGGUACCGAUAACUACUUUCGGGAUGGGAUGCCUGUGCUGCUCAGUUUCUUUCAAUUAGCUUAAGAAUGCCAUAUACUUGACGGAGUCUGUGGCGUCACGGCUGGAGGAGCGUCAAGGGGUUUGGAGCGCAGUAGAAGUCCGGCAGAGCUGAAAGAGUCGGAGAGCUAGCCCUGGAGUAUGGGCGCUGCUGGCAGCCCGAGGUCGCCGCUUGAAGCGAGUAGGCGGCUUCAGGUGUGCAAGCAUCUUCCACCGUUUUGGUCGGAAUGUCACAACACUGAACAUUCUUCUCACCUCCACACCCCUUCCCAUUUAUAUUAUCUGGCUUCCGUCACAAUAAGAAAAGAUGGGGAAUAAACAAGGAAAACGCAGUGAAAAAUACUUCUCCCUCUUUAGACUUGAAGAACAAGUAGAAAUCGAUAGAUUAUUUGCUGCCAUAACAAGAAGUUUGGAGAACAUAUCCUCUAAAAAGAGAAAAUCUAUCCCAAUCUCCGUCUCUUUGGAAAUGUUACAGGCUUACCUUGGGGAUGCUUUGCCGGAGAGAAUGACAGUAAGACUUUACGAAGGAAUGAGACAUAUUGAAUUGAAGGAGACUAAGUGUCUUGUUCCUAGUGAAUACGUCACCAAAAACCAGUUUGUGAUUUUUAUGUCAAAACUGUUAAAAGGAAAUGCAGAGGAGAGGAGUGACGUGAUCAAGAAGAUGUUAGGGGAAUCUACUGAAUAUACGAAAACAAGUCCUAUCCAAGUGUUUAUAGAGGAUCUGAUUACUUCUGUAGUCCAUGUAUUGAACUAUAGAAAUGAACUGAAAGGUUGGAAUAUGAAGACAAGUGGAGAUUUUACCUCUGCUAUAAAAGCACUGGCUACUCAACUGCUCUCAGCACUGAAACAAAGCAGCACCCCAGUUGAAGAGACAGACAAUUGGUGCUGUGACAGCAAUAUGAUUAAAGAAUGGCUGCCUAAAGUGCCCUUGAUCUCCACAUUUUUAAAUGUGAUUAUCAGGCAAGGAUUCCUUGUUUUGCUUUCUUACUCAGAGCUUGCCUGUUACAUCCCACAGUGUAAAGAUACCAAAGAAUUCAUAAGCCUCCUUAACAUUCCUGCCAUCAUGUAUAUCAACUCCUACCUGCCUACAAAACUACAGAAAACAUGGAGACUGGUUUUUUCUUCUCAAAUUCAUGGCUACAACUUUGCAAAAUUAUGUGGGACUAUUAUAGGCAGAGGCCCCUGCUUAUUAGUGGUGAAGGACAGGGAUGGCUAUAUAUUCGGUGGCUUUUCAUCUCUCUCCUGGGCAGUCAAGGGCCAGUUUCAAGGGGACAGCAAAUGCUUCCUUUUUACUGUUUUCCCCAACAUUGCAGUGUAUACUCAGAGUGGAUAUAAUAAUCAUUAUAUGUAUUUGAAUUAUGGACAACAAACUAUACCAAAUGGAUUGGGCAUGGGAGGUCAAUUUGAUUACUUUGGCCUUUGGAUUGAUUAUAAUUUUGGGAAAGGACACAGCAAAGCAAAACCUAGAUGUUCUACUUACAACAGUCCUCAGCUAUCUGCCAAGGAAAACUUUGAGCUUGAUAAACUAGAAGUAUGGGUAGUUGGAGAUUUUAUAAGUGAGAGGAGGUCAAUCGAUAAGAAGACUAUUCUAGAAAAUCCCGAAACGAAAACUUUUUUGGAAAUGAUUGGGAAGUUGCCCUUUAGUGAUGGUUUUCGAGAAACAGAUGGAAAAGAAUAAGAUGCCAUCUCAGCUGUGUGCUCUUAAUAACUGGGAUCUGAUUAUCCUGGAACUAAGUUUUUAUCCCAUCCUAUCUUCAUUUCAAUAUAUAAUGAAAACCUUCCCCUUGGUACAUAUCUAGAUUCAGAAAACUCUGGAAUUAGGUAAAAAAAAGGUUGUUGGUU